CCAACAAUUUUUGUAGUUGGUGACAUUUUGAGGUUGGUCCUUCCCUUCAAAGUAAGGAACCUUGUGGAGACUAGAGAUCUGAAAAUUCUUUAACUCACACAUCCACUUCUCAUCAACCUUUCUUCUUCAUCUUCAUUCACCAUUGAAGUCCCUCCCUCCCUCCCUCCCUCCCUCCAAAGCUGCCAUUGCAGAGUUCUUGAAGUUCGAAUGAUGAGGAUCAAGCUGUUCAUCACCUGCUUCAUGCUGGCUUCGAUCGCCUUCUCUCUCCUCUUCAUCCCCACUAAACUCAGCAUACCCAUCACCAGAUUCAAGCCCGCCAUCGCCUUCAACCUCCGGAAGACCAACUCCUCGUACCCGGUCACUUUCGCCUACCUGAUCUCGGCGUCCCAAGGCGAUGUCCCGAAGCUCAAGCGUCUGUUGAAGGCACUCUACCAUCCUGGGAACUACUAUCUUGUCCACAUGGAGUCUGGGGCGCCGGCGUCGGAGCGACAAGAGGUUGCGAAAUUCGUGUCCAGAGACCCGGUGUUCGGCGUCGUGGGCAAUGUCUGGGUGGUGGGCAAGCCCAACCUGGUCACCUAUCGAGGCCCCACCAUGCUGGGGACGACCCUGCAUGCCAUGGCCAUGCUCUUGAGGACUUGUCGUUGGGACUGGUUCAUCAACCUCAGCGCCUCCGAUUACCCUCUGGUGACUCAAGAUGAUCUGAUGCAGGCCUUCUCUGAGGUGCCGAAAGAUGUCAAUUUCAUACAACACGCCAGUCGUUUGGGUUGGAAAUUCAAUAAGAGGGCCAAACCCAUCAUAAUAGAUCCCGGACUUUACAGUUCUAAUAAAUCAGAAUUGUGGUGGGUCAUUAAACAGAGGACUCUGCCAACUGCCUUCAAGCUUUAUACAGGUUCGGCUUGGAUGGUACUAUCUCGGUCUUUCUCCGAGUACAGUAUCGCUGGCUGGGAAAACCUGCCGAGGACCCUCCUCCUCUACUAUGCCAACUUCGUCUCCUCCCCCGAGGGCUACUUCCAAACCCUUGUCUGCAACUCUGAGGACUACAAGAACACCACCGCCAACAACGACCUCCACUACAUCACCUGGGACACUCCUCCGAAGCAGCACCCUCGGUCGCUCGGCCUCAGAGAUUACCGGAAGAUGGUCCUCAGCAACCGGCCCUUCGCCAGGAAGUUCAAGCAGGACGACCCCGUCCUCAGCAAGAUUGACCGUGAGCUGCUAAAAAAACGGCGAGGUGAGUUCGCUUAUGGAGGUUGGUGUUCCGGGACAACGAAUGGUGGAAAGCCACGGAGGACUUGCUCGAAUCUGCAGAGCAUGGACUACGGCCUUCGACCAGGGCUGGGCGCUAGGAGAUUGAAAACCCUAUUGUCGAGGGUCUUAUCGGUUAGGAAUUUCAAUAAGCGGCAAUGUAAAUGAAAAUAGCCCUUCUUCCCCUCCAUUGAUACAAGGGAGGAGGAGUGAGUUUUAUACAGUGAACGCGGCGGCCAGCGGGAAUCGAGAAUGUCUAGCCUACUCGUUCUCGGUUGGAUCCGUUCUCGUUUAGGUUCACGGGUAA